AUCAAAACAUUAAAGCAGUCUGGGCGGGUAAAAGAAAGCUGUAAGAGAGCAUUCAAAGGCUGAAGUACAACACCCUCUUAACCACCUCCCCAAAACACUCCAGCUCAGACUCACAGGCACGCGCACUCUCGCCAAAAAAAAAAGUUUCCUGUCGGAGCUCAGCUCGCGCCUCCACAGCCGCGGCCCCGCCGCUGCAUGAAGCGUGCUCGGCUCUGCUCGCCUGCGCCUGUGCGCAAACAGCUCCGACUGAGGAGCCGCCGCGAGAGCGAGCGCUGUCGCCGGGCUGCAGCGGACAGCCACGGAGAGUGAUGGCUUCUUCUGUAUUGUUUUACUGUGGCAGAAGCUGCAGUGCCUAGUAUAUGCUCACAGAAAAAAAAAGGAAAAUACAAAACACCCACCAUGUAUAGCGUGGAGGAUCUGCUGAUUUCUCAUGGCUACAAAGUGCCCAGAACUGCUGCUUCAUCAAACGAGAGCCGAUAUGCUGAUUACCACCAUGAAAUCAAAGAGAACAGGACCAGUCAUGGAACAGCAAAUGGGUAUGAAACAGACACAGGGGUCUACGGCUGCAGCAGACAAGUACCAGCUAAAGGAUAUUUCAGUGACAAUGAAAGCAAAGAAAUCAACCAAAGGAGAAAAGCUGGCAGCGGUAACCAAGGUGACGCGCGGCCGCCGGGCGAUUUUCACACAACACGUACAAGAGUCUUUGAUGAACCGGCUAGAGUAUAUUCCUCUCAGACGAAAACUGAGAGGGAUGUGGCUUACUGGAGAAGACGGGGCCAGGAUUUCACGAUUUUAUUGGAUUACACAGACAGCAGGGAGCCAAAAGCAAAUCAUUUUGCAGAAAGGACAAGUAAAGACCCCGGUCGACAUCCAAUGGAUGAAGAAAGGGAAAGGGACUGGAGAGAAGAUGAUGGCUUUUUGAAGCAGAAUGAUAUAGUAGCAGAUAAGUGGAGAUUCACAAGCGAUAGAAAGUGGCAGAGCCUUGGAACUGAUGAAUGGACCCCAGCUGUUGGUCUAGGGAGACCAUUUUUAGACAAUGAUGGGGACAGGUUAGCACAGGGUUUAUUUUACCAGAGAUGUUCUGAUGAUGCUGCUAAUGUAAAGAUAAAAGGGAAAUCCCAGUCACUUCCUAGAGUCUUAUCCCCCGAGAAUCUGCAGCACGUAGAGUUGUCCAAAGACGACGUUGAGCAGGUAUUUAAAGGAACGAGCAAUACAUUUCCCGACGGGACCGCCAGUAAGGAGCAUUACACUGAAAACUGUAAGUCACUGAGUCAUGCUGCACUUUUGCCAAAGCCACGAUUUGGCAGGCCACUCAAGCCUCCUUCGUAUGAGACGCACCAGCAGCUAAGAAACAGUUCAGAAUUCAUUGCUGGAACUCAAGAUUCAAAGCCAAAAGAUACCACGGUAUCCAAUUUUGCAAAGAGCAGGGAAACAAAAAGUGACAUUUUUGCACAGGAUUCUGCGGGUUCAAAUCUGGAGCCUCCGGUUUAUGUACCUCCUCCAUCUUAUAAAAAACCUUUGCAACCAAAAGGUAACCAAAAGAACUUUAUUGAAGUGCCUAAUCCUAAAGAAAGGAUGGAGGUUCAAAAGGUCCAUGUAGGCAAGGACACUGGGAAGUGUCCAUCCUGGGCAGAAUACCAGAAAGACACAGACAUCCCGAGCAGGAAACAGAUGUAUCCUUUUUAUAAAGAUGAACAUUUAGGAUGUGUACAAUAUAUUCCCUUUGAUGAUCCACGUGUUAAACACUUGCCCCCUGGAUCAUGUGAAAAUUUGCUGAGUAACUCUACCAGUAAAGAAAAUCUUGCAGGUAAAAUAGUAGGACAAUCUACACAAGACAGUGCCUUUAUAAUCCAAGCGGAAUCACAAUAUAUUAUGCCCGGUAAACUACUCACGUCUAAGAAUGGUAAGGACAUUAAAUGGCAAAAUGCUAUUCAGAAAGGCAAUAAAGACUCUGCAUUGUCUGACCAAAGCUCUGUCUUUUAUCACAAAGAUCCCUCAAGCUUUGGUCAUAGCAGCAGAUCAGCACAGCACAAUCAACAGCAAGACAUUGAAUGUUCUGAUACCGUAACCCAACUCAAGAAGUUUGAAGUGGAAGGAAAGCCAGAGAAUAAAAAUCCAAGACGGAAAAAGAACGAAACCAUUUUCUGCUUAGUUUCCAUGCCAGUUCAUUCGCAGCCUGACAACGAGAGAACAGAUCAGAAUAACAAUAAAAGUAACGCGGAGCAAAAUGCUGCAGGGAAACAUCUGAGAAACCUUCAGAACCAGCAUCUGCUGAGCACCUCCUCGACAGAUUUAGAGUUACAAUCACUCACAGGGUCCAUGAUAAAUUACAGAGGCAUUAGGAAGCCACAGUCGGGACCGCCGGAGGGCAAUUAUAAGGAGGUGGAUGAACUUCAGCCAUGCCAACCAAAUAAGCAUAAAGAACUCAGAUAUUCAGGAUCCUGGCCUGGAGAUCAGUAUAAGGACCAGCAAACUCAGACAAGCUUUGCUGAACGGCCCAAAGGUGCCGUAAUGAGUCAAGCACAAAAUCCAAAUCAUUCCAUUGCUCCGACAAAAGACAAUAAAAGUAAUCCGUUUAACCAUUAUGGGUAUCCCAUGAAAGGGCAAACAUUCUUGAGCCCCUCUAGCAACAGUGCUUUUUCGUGGACAACCAAUUUUUCUAAUCAGGUAAAUAAAAGUUCACAACAGAAAAGCCAAUCAAUGGAGAAUAACCUAAUAGACAGGAAACCUACCAGGGGGAGCAAGCUGGAACCUAAAAGUCCAUCCAGUGAUGGAAAAGAGGCUUUCGGUCAGUUUCUGCUUAAACCAGUUAGCCGUCGUCCCUGGGAUGCAAUUGGGGAGUUGGAAAGCUUCAACAAAGAGCUUCAAGAUCAAAUUUGGACCCAAAUAGAAAGCAAUGAGUUACUUGAAAAUGUUGAUAUGGCUGAAGAGUUUACGGACUCUCCAACAGUUAACCAUAAGCCCGCCGAUGUGCAGACAGAAAUUCCGAGUCAAAAACAAGAACGGUCGAAUGUUCUUAGAAACAGUGGAAAGAAAGGCUUCUCCGAAAAUGGGGACCCUAGUAGAAAUCCUCAGAAGAGACCCAAAUUUCCAAAUCUCGGCAGACCAAUUAAACAAGAUACCCCCUUUCCAAGGGAACCCGAGUAUGUAGAUGUUGACUCUGUGUGCUGGACCUCCCUUGAGGCAGCCACCGUCAGGCAGUUGCCCCAGGAGGUCUUAUCCAGUACGACAAAUUACAACCAAAUACAAAAGAAGCAGGUCAGUGAGUCCACGAAGGAGGGUGGAAACGGUUUAGAUGGUCAUUACAGCAAUGGAUUCAUGGCAACUGAAUGUGUUUACAGGCUACCGGCAAAAAUCAGUAUGAACGGCUUGUCGGAGCUCCGUGAAAAACUAGGUGGUCCUAUUGGAGAUGAUGAGGAAACUAAGCAGUGGAUCAAAAACUUGACUCGAGAAGAUAAAUAUUUGGAAGGAUUAGAAUCAAGUCAUGCUUCAUUAAUCCACCCAAAGGCCCUAGCAGCUCAAAGUGAAAAUCUUAAUGAGUUAUUUGAAAUAAAAUGUGCAAAGGGUAUCCCAGAAAAUGAGACCCUAGAAGCAAGAGCUGCCAGAAUACUUGGGAUUGAGGUAGCAGUUGAGACUUUGGGUGUUGCAGACCAAGAAUAUAAAGAUACAGAGGCAGAAAAACUGAUGGCAACUAGUGAAACUGGUGGUGGAAAGACCACUGCAAGUGUAAAAGAUGGGCUGGAAUGUGACAAUUGGAGGUCAGGGUAUGUCAGUAGAGAGGCGGAGGAAUUGUGUUCAAAUGAAGAUGAGGAAGAUAAGGAAAAUAAAAUAACUGAGGGAAGAAAUGAAAGGGCAACCAGCUGGCAGACUGAAACGAGCCGUGCAACAGUAUCUCUGAAACAUCUGCCUGGUACAGGGGAACAAAAGGCGUGCACAACAUCUGUCUCGGAACGGAAGAGUCGAGUCCCAUCAAGGAUGAUUGAAGCUCUUCAAGGAAAGCUGGCCACAUCACCAAGUCGAACUGUCAUGGAGCGCAUCGUGAGGAUGAAGGAGGUAGACUCUGUGUCUCGCAUGAGACGACUCAGCAUCAAGAGCUCUGACUCUGGCGAUGAAGGUGAAAAUGAGAAGCCAGCUAAACAGCAGCAGGAUGUGGAGGAUGUGUUGUCCUUUUUAAAUAUACAGGAGACAUUGAAUAACAGCUCAAAAAGAGAUGGAGCCGUAACCAGGAAGACUAUAACUCUUACCCAGGAUUUAUCAGUACUCACUAAGAGAAAGGUGCAGAGAGAUGAUGAAGAUGGGGUGUUUAUCUCAGAAUGGUAUGACCCCAGCCGAGUUGAGAGAGUCUGACCCAGACCAGACCAUGACUAAAAAGCCAGAAGUUCCACUACUGUUAAAGAUCAGCACUUCCUGCGACACUGUGAUCAGGCUUCCUACACUAUUGCCUUCAUUCCAUCCUUACUAUCAGGAUUGCCUUUCUUCGACACGAGCAUUGUUUAUACUGUAUGCCCUAAAUAUGCUAUUUCACUGCCAUGAAGAAGUAAUUUCAGAAAGUUCCCCAAAGUUCCACGUGGUUACUAUCUAUGAAGCCCUAUGUUAUUGGUCAAAUCUAAAAUAUAAAAAAGGCCCCCGUUAUUUCUGCCAAGGUUUUAACAAGGAAAUAACAUUGUUGGAUAUUUCUUUCUGUGAGCAUUUACAAAAAAAUAUCAAUUGAAAUGGUGUUUUCCAGAGAUCACAGCAUUAAAACAAAGUUCACUUUCCUUCUGGCUUAUAAGUUAUCAUAAAGCUUGUGUAUGUUCUUCUCACUUUCAUUUUCAGUAUUGUAUGUUGUAAAUUCUGUAUGGUGCCUAUUGCAGUAGCUGAACUGGGACAACUUAGCUGUUCACUAACCACGCCAGCUGGACAGAAUGAGUGGUUUCUUCUCAUGUGCCACCCUUCUUCUGUUCUUAUUUUCUAUCCGUCCAUCCAUUGACUGAACCAGGCAGGCCCUGUAGCAGCAAAGAAUCCUUACUCAUCAAAUGUGUCUCAGCAUUACUCCUAGGAAUUGCACAAAAGUUUGACUAGGAUAAGAACUUGUUCUACCUCGGAGUAGGACAUGAGAAGACGUUAUCCAUUUCCAGCGAGGAGUUAGAGUUCACGUUUUAGAAUGAAUGACGUCUCAAUUUUACGGCACCAACGAAUCGCAAAAUGGCGCUCAUGAAUGCACUUUGUAGUUUCCUUGGAAAUCAUGGUGCCGUAUUAUUAUAAUAUAAAGAUUUCACCACAAAUAUAAUAAUAAUAUUUAAAGAGAUGCGAUUAAGUUGAAAUAAAAGGUUUAUAGCUAUCUGAUGAAGAACUUUGUCUUGUGCGUUAAACCAGGCCACUUUGCAACGACACCAAGAAUAAUACUGUAACGUGCACCAAGUUGGAAAGACUGUGGCACACACCAAACGCGAAUUAACCUCGAUUAUAGGCAGGUUUAUUUAACAAUAAAUUAUCCACAUCCAUACUUCCAGAAGAAUCACCUUCCCGCUGUUAUGGCCACGGAAAACACCCUGAGGAAUAACGGCUAUUGAAACUAGCCACAGCUAUUCCAGCACUGUCUGAAGUCACGUUCACUCUUUCAGUGUUCCUGAUCAUGUGACACUAUUAUCCCCCCCUUAUGCUCAGCUGGACUCUAUUUAUUUAAUGAAGUGCAUGGAUUUUUCGUGUAACUGGAAGUAUCAUGUGACGUACAAGGCUUAGUCUUAUAUAUAAACGUCUACACGUGGAAGUGUGUGUGUCUGUCUGUCCGGCCCGGAAGUGCAAGGCUACAGCUUGAAGCACAAAGAAAUCGACUCUGCCGCCAAAGUGAAACCGCUGACAAAAGAGAAACUCACUUAACAGCUAAUACACAAGCGAGGCGAGCACAUCGGCAAAACGAAACCGCAGAGGAGAGAGAAACUCACUUAGCCGCUGAUAGACAAUGGAGGCGAGCACAUCGGCAAAACGAAACAUCUGAGGAGAGAGAAACUCUCUUAGCCGCUGAUAGACAAUGGAGGCGAGCACGUCAGAAAAAUGAAACCACAGAGAAAAGAGAAACUUGCUUAGCCACUAAUACACAAGCGAGGCGAGCACAUGGCAAAAUGAAACAUCUGAGGAGAGAGAAACUCUGUUAGCCGCUGAUAGACAACGGAGGUAAGCACGUCGGCAAAACAAAACCGCAGAGAAAAGAGAAACUUGUGUAGCCAUUAAUUCACAAGCGAGGCGAGCACAUCGGCAAAAUGAAACCGCCAAGGAGAGAGAAACUUGCUUAGCCACUGAUAGACAAUGGAGGCGAGCACGUCAGAAAAAUGAAACCACAGAGAAAAGAGAAACUUGCUUAGCCACUAAUACACAAGUGAGGCGAGCACAUCGGCAAAACGAAACCACAGAGAAAAGAGAAACUCGCUUAGCCACGAAUACACAAGCGAGGCGAGCACAUCAGCAAAAUGAAACAUCUGAGGAGAGAGAAACUCUGAUAGACAAUGGAGGUGAGCACGUCUGCAAAAUGAAACCACAGAGAAAAGAGAAACUUGCUUAGCCACUAAUACACAAGCGAGGCAAGCACAUCGGCAAAACGAAACCACAGAGAAAAGAGAAACUCGCUUAGCCACGAAUACACAAGCGAGGCGAGCACAUCGGCAAAAUGAAACCGCCAAGGAGAGAGAAACUUGCUUAGCCACUGAUAGACAAUGGAGGCGAGCACAUCAGCAAAAUGAAACAUCUGAGGAGAGAGAAACUCUGAUAGACAAUGGAGGUGAGCACGUCUGCAAAAUGAAACCACAGAGAAAAGAGAAACUUGUUUAGCCACUAAUACACAAGCGAGGCAAGCACAUCGGCAAAACGAAACCACAGAGAAAAGAGAAACUCGCUUAGACACGAAUACACAAGCGAGGCGAGCACAUCGGCAAAAUGAAACCGUCAAGGAGAGAGAAACUCGCUUAGCCGCUGAUAGACAACGGAAGCUGUUGAUUGCUUGAAGUGCCAGAAUCCUUGGUUUUUAGGAGCCCAGGCUUUUUACAGCACAGGCUUACACCAAUGGUGUACCUCGAGUUCGUGCCACUCAGGGUGGGGCGGUGCUUCAGUUUGCCGCCCUCCAACA